AUGUAUUUUGUGACAGAGGUGGUGUUUUUCUGGAUCAAAAGACUGAUUAAACUUCUCAGAGAGUCUCCUAUUCGUACUCUAAAACGGUCCCUGGAUUCCUGUACCAACUUCCACGAAUGGGAAAUGAUCACUUCGGAAAUCGAUAGACUGAAUGGGUACGAUGUUUGGCGACAAAACUUCAUCUCAAAAAAGUACGAUUAUAGACUCAUCAAUGAGCGUCUUCAUGAUCUUCGGCUGGCCAGGAUAAACGAGGACCUGUUGAAAGUGAUGGGCACUUUGAGAUCAGGCGUGCUGCGGAACUUUGGAGGAAUCUCGAACAAGCAGUUGUACAACAAAUCAUAUAUUGGUACCAAGGUCUUGAUCGAGGACUAUAUCGAAGAGGUGUUGAAAUGCUUUCAAUUUAUUGAUGAAUGGCAGUUGAAGGACAACACUUUGGAAUUAAACCAUUUCAACCAGAUGAAGCUGGACUUCUUUCAUGACACCAGACAGACGUUGGGCGUGACCGCGUUGAUAUUACAAGGUGGCUCGCUCUUUGGGCUUUGUCAUCUGGGGGUGAUCAAGGCACUGUAUUCGAAGAACUUGCUACCACGGAUCAUUGCUGGCUCUUCUAUUGGUGCAUUGGUUGGGGCUCUGAUAUGUUGCUUGGACGAUAACGAGAUCGAGGACAAUCUGAACAAUUUAGUCAAUCUGCUACCACAGGAAGAAGCCGACGAAAAUGGCACCUCUGUGAUUGCCUCUGUUGUCCGUAAAGGAUACAGUCAAGACAUGUUACUGUUUAUCAAGUAUGUGGAGUCCAAAGUUGGCGAUUUGACUUUUGAAGAGGCAUACUUGAAAACUAACCGCAUAUUGAACAUUUUGAUUCAUCCCACCGAGUCCUGCGCGCCAUCGCUUUUGAACUACAUCUCAACCCCAAACGUCACCAUUCUCAGUGCCAUAUACUGUUCCAUAGGAAAUAGUGUGCAAGAGGACGAUGUCCAGCUCAAGUUCAAAAACUCAGAAAACCAGAUUGAAACACUCCAGUUUUUGAAACGUCAUUGUGAAUACAUAUCGCCACAUUAUGCCAGUUCGAUUUCAACCAAGUCGUUCACGCCAAUCUCUCCAUACACAAGACUAACCGAGCUGUUCAACGUGAACCAUUUCGUUGUUGCGCUCGCAAGACCGUAUCUUGCUCCAUUGAUAGGAAACGAUUUAAAGCAUUCGCCAACUUCCUGGCAACUCACAAACCACAUCAAGAACCUGAUUAGUCUUGAGCUACGACACAGAAUGGAAACACUGGAGAAGUUUGGAUUGUUGAUGGGAUUUUUCAGAUGGUUGGCGGUGGACGAGAAAACUCCUCGAUUCGAAAACAGCGAAAUCACCAUUGUUCCUGAGCUCAGAACACUGAUAAGAGACUUUAGUCGCAUUUUCGACGUCAACAAGUACAAGGAGAACAUUCCUUACUGGAUUCAAGUUGGAGAGAGAUCAGUGUGGCCAUUGUAUCCGUUAUUGGACACUCGUUGUGCCAUCGAGUUUGCUCUGGACGAUUAUUAUAAUCUGCAUAGAAGUAGUUCUCCUGUCACGUCCACGGCACGUCCAGUCUUCAACGGACGCAAAGACAUCAGCAGGUUCGAUCUGUGUACGAGUUUUGUGAGGAAAGAUGUGUGGAUGGUGGCCAAAUCAUCUGGGAUUUCGGAGUAUUCGAGCAACGACUCGUCAUUGGAGCUGAUUAGGAAGAGAUUGCAUUUUGCAUUCAGUUUCUGUAACUGCAACAACAAAGUGUCCACUUUGGUGUCUGACAGAAACAGCAGAAACUCAGGAUUCUCGAGGAACACGUUUGGUUUCCCCUUCUUGGCUAAUUGA